AUGGCCCUCAUAUCCAUUUGGGUUGGGUACACUGAACCGUUAGCCAACUUGUGGCUUGACAAAAUCAUUGAUAAAUUGAAUUAUAUAAAAUCACAAAUUGCUAGUGUUGAUUUUCUUAUGAGUACACCCGUACUCGGUUUACGUAUAAGCUAUUUAGUUAUUUUUUCUUCAGAUAUUUGUGUUUCACCUGAUUUAAAUUACAAAUUAACAUUUUUUGGUGUUACGGGUGACUGUCCGGCAAUUAAAGUAAUUUUGGACUUUGUUGGUCAUGGAGGCUAUUGGUGUUGUUGGAUAUGUUAUUUAAAGGAUAUUCAUGUUGACAAUAAGCGUCAAUAUCGCUGUGAAUUGCCAAUCAAACACCGUCAUUCAGAAAAAUAUUUACAAGGAUCAAUUCAACCUGUCCAAGAAAAUCGUGAUAUUUUUGGUCAUCGUGGGGUUAGUGUUUUACACAAAAUAUUAGACACACCAUUACCUGAAUGUAUCAUCAUCGACUACUUACAUUGCACAUUAUUAGAUCAUGCAAAAGCAAUUAUUAAGGCCAUUUAUCAUCAGUUCGGUAAAAGUUUAUUUGGAGGUACAAAAGCUCAUUGCGAAGCUGAAUUUAGGUUCCGAAUGGUUGAAGCAAAAGGGGACGAGACAGAUGAAGAAAUAAGUUCUGAUGAAAUUCGUUUCGUAUUUAUGGUGUACUUAGAUUCUUAUACUCAUGACAACGAUAUGCACCGAAGUCGAUCGGAUAUUCAAUUGUAUCAUAAAUCACCAUCUUCUCGUCGUACAAACGAUAAGAAAACAAAUGAAGAUAGCGAACUGGAUGCCGAUGAGGGUUCGGUAAACAGGUUGAUUGAUAGUCGUGUCGACGAUCGAAUCAAUACAUUGUUAACAUCGUUAAAUAAAAAGUUGGAUUUUAUGACUAAAAAAAUCCAGCAGGUUUAUCAAUCAUCCGGUUUUGGAGAAUCACAAUUGGCAAUGUAUCGUAAUGAAAAAGAUAAAUUUCAGGAAGAAGUAAUGUACAAUAACGAAAAUUUACUCAAUAUAAAUGGAAAAAAUCCUGGUGAUUAUGGACGGCGAUUACUACCUGCAAUGCGUGUCAAAUUUCGUAUCAGUACACAUCAAUAUCAAGACUUUUACAAAAAUUUAGUUCGAAAAAAGUUGAGCGAUUUUUUGCUUGAAGAAGAACGUCGUGAUAAGGUAAAAACAAAACGUCUUCGAGUACAAGAACAAGAAUCAACCGAAAUAUAUACUCCUAUGACAGUAGAUCGAACGUCGAUGCCUGUUAUUUGUUUAUCAACGUCAACGAUCAAUGAUGAAUAA